AUGUCGGACCCUAAUAACCCCAACAUCAAGAACCGCACCACUCCCCAGUGGUCACUUUAUCGGCGCGACGCCUUUUGGAACACCAACAAUGGGCAAUAUACUCUGUUUAACACUGAUCCCGCCGAAAUCGAGAAACUAGCGAAAGCAAAGCUCUCCCAAGCAGGAUGGUACUACUCGUCAUGUAACGCCGGCAUGUCCUGGACACAUCUUGCCAACCGUCAGGCAUUCUACCGUCACCGGAUCAUCCCGCGCACAUUGGUCGACACCAACACCAGAGAUACAGUGACCGAGAUCUUCGGUCAUCGCGUCUCAGCCCCUAUCGGAUUUGCCCCGAUUGGAAUAAAUCGCAUCUACCACCCGACCGGCGAACUAUCGGUCGCAAAGGUUGCCGAGGAGCUGAACCUGCCAUACUGCCUUUCGUCCGCGGGAAGCUACAGUAUCGAGGACGUCGGCAAGGCCAACGGCAAUGGUCCGCGAUUUUUUCAGCUCUAUCAGAGCCAUGACGAUGAGCAGACUCUCUCCAUGUUGCAGCGUGCCUGGGACUCGGGCUUCGAUGCUUGCAUGUUGACCACCGAUACUUGGUCGCUCGGGUGGCGACAUAAUGACGUUUUCACGGGCAACUAUGCAUUCUACCACGACCACGGCGCUGGGGACCUGGGAUUGCAGGAUCCUGUUUUCCAGAAAAGGUUGAAGGAGGCUGGGAUUGAUCCGAAGAUGAAUCCAAAGGAGGCGGGUGCUAAAUGGAUCGAUGAGAAUAUCUGGCAUGGUCGUGCGCAUACUUGGGAGAAGGUGAAGUGGACGAUGGAGCAGUGGAAGCGCAUUAGUGGUGGUCAACCCUUCUGUCUGAAGGGUAUCCAGAGCGUUGAAGCUGCGGAGAAGUGUGUUGAGGUGGGGAUUGAUGGUAUUGUUGUCACCAAUCACGCUGGUCGUCAGGUUGAUGGUGCCAUCGCCAGUCUCGAUGCUUUGGAGAAGAUCGUCGACGCUGUCGGUGAUAAUCUAUACAUCAUGUUUGACUCGGGUGUGCGUAGUGCCGCAGACAUCUUCAAGGCUCUCGCACUAGGCGCCAAGUUUGUAUUUAUCGGAAGGCUGUGGAUCUGGGGUCUCAGUAUCGCCGGUGAGGCUGGAGUACGUCAUGUUCUGAAAAGCCUGCUAGCCGAGUUCGAUAUCUUGAUGGAGGAAGCUGGAUUCCAAUCGGUUGACCAGAUAAACCGUUCGGCCAUUGAUAGCCUUCCCAACUCGGCCAACUUGAUCGCCCAACAUUCUGGGAUCUAA